UACCGGCUACCGUAGUGUGGACACCAAACCCACGUGGUUAAUCAAAACAUCAUGGCGGCUGGUUUCAAGACUGCUGAGCCUCUGGAGUACCACAGGAGUUUCCUGAAAGAGAACUGCCGGCCUGAUGGACGGGAGCUGUCAGAAUUCAGAACCACAACUCUAAACAUAGGGUCCAUAUCCACAGCAGACGGCUCAGCCCUGGUGAAGGUUGGAAACACCACCAUCAUCUGUGGGAUCAAAGCGGAGUUGGCAAACCCUACAGUUGAAGCACCUGGUAAAGGUUACAUCGUGCCCAACGUGGACCUGCCGCCUCUGUGUUCGUCUCGGUUUCGACCGGGCCCGCCUGGAGAACAGGCCCAGGCUGCCAGCCAGUUUAUCGCUGAUGUAAUUGAAAGCUCUGAAGUGAUACAAACAGAGGACUUGUGCAUUGACAGAGGAAAGCUCUGCUGGGUGCUCUACUGCGACAUGAUGUGUCUGGACUACGAUGGGAACGUGUUGGAUGCUUGUAUUGUUGCCCUGUUGGCUGCUCUGAAGAACACACAACUCCCGGAGAUCACCAUCAACAAAGAAACAUGUUCACCAGAGCUGAAUUUAGAAAAGAGACAUGGGCUGCAUAUUCACAAACAUCCAGUCGCUACCUCUUUUUGUAUCUUCGAUGACUCCAUACUGAUCGUAGACCCCACGUCCGAGGAGGAGAGUCUGGCGACCGCUGAGCUCACUGUGGUGACGGAUGAGGAAGAUCGACUCUGCUCUCUGCACAAACCAGGUGGGUCGUCCCUGACGGGAGAGAAGCUGCAGGAGUGUAUAAACCGAGCAACAGUGCGACAGAGAGAGAUCCACAAACUCAUCGACAAAGUCAUAUACAGUGUGAAGACAGCACAAUAAGGAGCCGCAGACAAUGCUUUUUAUCUAAAAGCUGUAUUUUCCACUGUCAAUAUAUAUUCUUUUUUUUUUUAAUAACAAUAAAACUGCUGACAAAGACUGCUUAAAAAAUUAUUUCUCAGUGUCCAGAAACGUCUCACACACACACACGCUCAGAUGAUGUCUUGUAAGAAUACGCCCAUGGCUCCUGAACUAAUUAAAAGGAAAUGCCUUUUCAAAAUGUGCUGUACAAAAGCAGGUACACCGUCUUGCAUGUUGAUCUUGAGUCCUCGGUUGAGCCCUGUGCCGGGAUUGCUAACAGAAGAAAGACUUCCAACAGACUGAGAGGUAGAGAGCUGCCCCCAGGCACUAAGCCAAGAUCAGAUUUGCAUUUUCACAUGUAAUGGUUAUAUGGAGGAUUUGGUGUCAAUAAGCUCAGCUGGGAUCUGUGCUUAAAGGGCAGUUUCUACCGGGGGUCAACCAAGCAGAGGCACGAGGAUCAGGAAGGCUCAUGAGGAAUCCUCUGAGAAUGUGCAUUCAUGAUCCUCUCAGUCCACGGGGGUCUCCAUAGAAAAAAAAACAACCAAAUCUUCCUGAAGGGGCGAUCUGUUAUCGUGGAAGCCCAAUACCUACAAGAACCAUCUUUU